CUGCACACACACACAACCAGCUCUCUAUCUGCAGAGAAGAAAAGGGGUACGGUAACUAUAAAAAGGAAGCUGUGGCUGAAACUGGUUGUUUACAACAGGAUCUCCGAGUCCCAGAAGUCACACAGACCCUGCAGACUCCGUUUGCAUUGUUCUAUCUCUCCCCCCCCGGUCAAGCCAUCCUAGGCACGACCUGCUAUACCCUUUGGACAAGCGUAAAAUCCCAAUGCCUUGUCCGUGCUCGCGACCUAUAUCAGUACCCGUCCGGGCCUUAUCCUUACGCGCAGAGCUGGACCAAUGGCCGAGGAAGCCGAUGUCAGGGAGCUCCUGAUGACCGGACAGCGUUGGAUCAAAGAUUUCAUCGACGCCCAUCUUCGAUAUCGAGCGGAGUUACCUCCAUCGCUACAAAUCAAGUUUUCGAAGCGCAUUCUUCAGUUACUGCGCCCCGGGUUCUCCUCGUCUCCACCGGCCACCGGCGGCAUCUGUUUAUCAAUCAACGUCCCUCCAGAAAAAGCAGACCACUUCUUCCAGGUUGUGAUGAACAUCGGAAACAAUUUGCACGAAAUUGGUCGGCUUCAGGACGCACUAGAAAUCUUCCAAUUCCUCGAGCAGACUACGGACGACUCAGACGUAAACGUUCCCGCCAAGGCUGGGCAGGCCCUUUGCUACAUUAGCCUGGAUGAUCCUAAAUGCAUUGAACUCAAUGAAGACUGCAUGAGGAUCAUAGAGCUGCACAUCGGAAGUGACGAGCAGAGAGAGAGCAGGCCAACGCACGCGUUCAAUCUCAGCUUGCAGUAUCUGAAGUGCUACUGUGGAAACCUGCAGUACCGCGGGUUUACAGACGAUCCAUCUGAAAUAACGCAGAAGGCAUCACAGCAGCUGGACUGGAUGGCAACAGCCAUUUCUCGAAUGGAAAGGGAAAAGCAUAUCUGCGAGCAGGACGUACGCGAGCGCCGUGGCCUCGUUGAAGUUCAACGGUCCAGCCUUCUGUUCAACAGGGCCAACGCGCAUUUCGGGCGGAAACAGUACGAACAAGCGGAUACACUCCUGAGGGAGCGGUUACAACUCCAACCUCAAGCGCCGGGUUAUCUUGUCGCUCCCCUCCAUCUUCUGGUUCGUACUUUGUUGGCGAGAGGAAGGCUGGCGGAAGCCUACAAAACGGCACGGGGCGCAUUGGACCAGGCCCGCCAAUGCGGCAGUACAGUCUUUGAAGCUAAGAUCCUGGUAGAGCUGCAUGGGAUUGCGCAACAAAUCGACAAACGUAAUGCCAGGUGGUACCUGACCGAAGCUUGCCGGUUGCAGUCGCAGGCUCCUCUCGAAGCCACACUAGCAGCGGAGCUCGUGCAUGCUCUUCGCCCAGUGAGCCCCUCAAACGGAGAUAUCGCCCUGAUGAAAGUUUUUGAAGGCUGGCUACAAGACAAAAUCAGAUCGUACGGAGCUUCUACCUCGAUGCCAACUCAAUUAUACCUGGCUAUCCGUGCAGAGCAGGCAAAUCUUGCAUCGGAACUUGCCCGCCUCGAUCCAGACCGGAAACAACAAGCGAUGAAGGUUUGCCAGGAGAUCUUAAACGAUAUGGACAUGCGGAUUGGAAGCAGCGAAGGCAUUGGAAACAUCACCGAAUGGUGCCAUAAAACCAGUCCCCGUCCAUUGUCAUCAGUGUUAUGUGCUUACCUCCAGCUGCUGCAAGAUGAGGAAACGGAAGAUUGGAAGACCAAGCGCACCGCCAUCGAGACGCGAUUGAGCUCUUUGGAUGAUGAUUUCGUGCGGACUCGUCUCGCUCUGGCACGGGUAAUUCGCGGGAACGGCCGUCUGGACGAUCUGGAACCGUCGUUCAAGAUGCAGAACCACCGCGAGGCAAACUGGAGAACUCUGACGGACGAAGAACAUCAGAUCAGCGGCGCAGACGGGCUUUGGUCCGAUCUUGCUCAAGUGCUCUACUCCCUGUGUAAUUUCGCAUUAGUUGGCGCCAACGAGAGCCAGCGCUUUCAAAAAGCAGCCUUUUACGGAGAUCGUAUGAUCAACAUCAACACGCUUAGUCUUUUGCAAGCUCGCAAGGUCUCAGAGUUUCCUGAUUGGUAUCUUGGCCCCUUGCCCGCGUCGGAAAGCGCCUUUUCCGAGUCCAUCGGAGCCUUAAUCCGCAAACUUGAAAUUACAGUGGUUCAGUACAUCUUGCUGAAGGAAGUUGCCCACGACUGGUGUCUGUAUACAUGGGUCACUGUGCCAAAUCCGACCGGUCCAAUACCCUCCGUACGUUUUUUCCGUGAGAAGCUCGACGACUUGUUCAACACGCCCAGAGGUUGCGGAAUGGAAGAGCUGGAGAGAUUGAUCGCAGUGUUUAAAGACACGAUAAGAAGCGGGUCGAGCUUCUCAGAGCGGAAGAAGCGAAUGGAUGCUUCCGAGGCCAAUGACGGCUGCUUGCAUAAGUUGUACAGCAUACUAAUCGCGCGAAUCAGCCGGGAACAGCUGUUUCCUGCCCAAGAAAACGGUGCCGUCGUUUUUGUGCCCUACGGUAUACUGUGUCGGGUGCCGUUCCCAGCACUGAAACCCGCCGCGACCGGAACGUAUCUCAUCGAGCGCUUCCACGUCUGCACCGUGCCUUCCUUGCGCCUAUUGCACUUGCUACACACUCGACGUCCCCAGGACAAAGCAUUUCAACCCGUAAACCACAAAGCCUUGAUUGUCGGGGAUCCUAAAAUGCCGACGUUUAGCGCCUCCGAACCUGUGUCAAUACCUCUUCCGGGCACGAAAAAAGAAGCAGACGACCUUGAUAAGCUACUUCAGGAACGGGACGCGCGAGUCACCAAGCUCAUUGGUGCUGCAGCUACGAAGUCGGCAGUUCUCGCGGAGUUGAAGUCGACAGAUCCUUUGCACCUUCUGCACAUUGGAACUCACGGCUCGGAAUCGGAUUUUCUGGAAGGCGGCGUUUACCAUCCAGGUUCCUUCCUGCUAGCGCCGCCAGGAUCUCAGCCUCCAUACCCAACCCGAGACAAAUGCACCCUCUACGCAACCGAGCUCCAGCAAACAGACCUGUCCAGCUGCCAGCUGGCCUAUCUUAGUGCCUGCCAGACGGGUCUUGGUCGAGGGUCCAGCGAUGGGACGAUCGGUCUGAGUCGAGCAUGCUUGGUGGCUGGAUGCCACGCCGUCCUUUCCUCGCUUUGGAGGAUCAACGAUCAGUUCAGCUCCGAAUUCUGCGAAGUUUUUUACGACGAGUGGCUUAGGAAUGGGAAAUCGCAGCUGUCGGCGUAUCGAAUUGCCAUGAUGAAAGGCGUUAAGAAAGGGCUGAAUCCUGCACUGUGGGCACCGUUUGCAAUUGUCACGGCCGAUCUCGCUCGCUAAUGCCUCACUCAAAUUCUGUACGAUAUCGUACGAUAAGCGACCGGAGGAUGCGAUGCGCGAGCUACAGUUGUUGAGCUUUAUGCGGGGGAUGGGGAGGUGGGCGGUGCACAAUGGGAGCGCGUAUAAAUCGAAAGUUUCCGGCGGCUCACUUGACUCUGUCUUUGAUGGUCUAGAGGGCCUUCGUGUAUGUCUCCUGACUUUUUCGAGCUAAUACAGUUGGCGGCUUCCGCAGCUUGUAGGUGCACAUUUAGACUUUCAUCCGGAUAUGUAUUUGUGACAUCGUAAAAAAAUACGCCAAGAAUGUAUCUGCAAAUAGUAUAUGU